CGCUCCGAGGAAGUUUUUUUUCAGAAGUGCAGAACUGAUGCUUCAGAUGCAGAUUAAACGGAACAAUUCCGGACAGUCUGGAUCUGAAGACAUGCCUCGUUCAUUAGAGCAUAGAGCAUUGGAGAAUAGUUAGUGUUGUAUGACGGUGUUGUAGACAGUUAAUUUCUUUAUUUGCGUUCAAAGAGAAGCGGAAGUGUGUGUGUGUGUGUGUGUGUGUGUGUGUGUGUGUGUGUGUGUGCGCUAACCCUAACCCUAACCCUGAUAAAGUGGUAAAGUUUGUCGCCUGCAUUCCGGAGCAGCAGUAAUGAAGGCGCUCAUCAUUCCACUGUGUGUGUUGUGUGGACUGUAUGUGAGUUGUCAACCUCCCCCUCAUGUUGUGUUUAUUCUGGCUGAUGAUAUGGGCUUUAAUGAUGUGGGUUAUCACGGAUCGGAGAUUAAAACUCCAGUCCUGGACCGGCUCAGCGCUGCAGGGGUCCGACUGGAGAACUACUAUGUUCAGCCGCUCUGUACUCCAUCCAGGAACCAGCUACUAACAGGGAGAUACCAGAUCCAUACAGGGAUGCAGCAUCAGAUUAUCUGGCCCUGUCAGCCAUACUGUGUUCCCCUGGAGGAGAAGCUGCUGCCGGAGCUAAUGGUGGAGGCGGGGUACUCCACUCACAUGGUGGGCAAGUGGCACCUGGGCAUGUACCGGAGGGAGUGUCUGCCCACCCGCCGAGGCUUUCAUUCCUUCUUUGGCUAUUUGACAGGAUCAGAGCAUUAUUACACUCAUGAGCGCUCUUACUUCAUCACGCCACUAAAUGUCACACGCUGCGCUUUGGACCUUAGGGAUGGCGAGGAGAUGGCAACGAUGUACCGCCAAGUGUAUUCUACUGAACUCUUCACACACAAAGCAGUCAACAUCAUACUCAACCACAGCACCCAAGCGCCUCUGUUCCUGUACGUAGCUCUGCAGGCAGUUCAUGCUCCAUUACAGGUACCUGAACGCUACACACAUCCCUACAGCUUCAUUAAGGACACUUCGCGCAGGGUUUAUGCUGGAAUGGUUUCGGCUAUGGACGAAGCUGUAGGGAAUAUCACUAGGGCGCUACAGGAUGCAGGAAUUUGGAACAACACCAUUCUCAUCUUCAGUACAGAUAAUGGCGGUCAGACACUGUCUGGGGGCAGUAACUGGCCUCUGCGUGGAAGGAAAUGGUCUCUCUGGGAGGGCGGCGUCAAGGGUGUGGCUUUUGUCACUGGACCACUUGUGAAGCAACCUGGCACUGUGAAUCGAGAGCUAAUACACAUCUCUGACUGGCUGCCCACUCUAGUGAAUGUUGCUGGAGGAUCAACCAAUGGGACAAAGCCGUUAGAUGGAUUUAACAUGUGGGACACUAUCAGCAAAGGAAAAGCCUCUCCAAGACAGGAAUUGUUACACAACAUUGAUCCACUAUAUGUUGACGUUGCACCAUGUCCAGGAAAAGCUGCAGUAGCUGAACAGGAAAUGUUCGAUUCCUUAACGAGAGACGCAUUCAGGAGAAACUCAUUAAGGACAGGGUCUGUUUCUGCGUCACAUUUUAAUGUCUCCAUGCAUGCUGCUAUUCGCUACCAGAACUGGAAGCUCCUGACUGGAUAUCCUGGUUGUCCUGUGUGGUUCCCUCGUCCAGGUGAGACAGUAGGUGGAGUCUCAGAUGAAGUCCCGCCCCUUAAGAAGGUGAUGCUGUUUGAUAUUGACACUGAUCCCCAAGAGAGAAAUGAAAUUUCUCAUCAGCACCCAGAAAUUGUGGAUUUCCUCUUAAAGCGAUUAAAAAGUCUGCAGGAAGGAGCAAAGCCUAUCAACUUUCCUCCCGAUGAUCCCCGCUGCGACCCCCAAAAAGCCGGUGCCUGGGGGCCAUGGCAGUGACCUGGGCCUCACCUAUUAUUUGUUAGAAUUACUUCAAUUAUUAGAACUGCCUCAUUUAAUUGAUCACAAAUAACAAAAAAUAUUUUUUAUGUUUUUUUUUUUAAGUGGAUCUGCACACUUUUGAACUUGAAUGUGUUUUAUAUGCCGUUUAUUUAAAUCUGUACUGUAUUAGGGGUGUAACGACACAACAAAAUUCACGGUUCGGUACUUACCUCGGUUUUUGCCACAGUUUGGUUCAAUUUUGGUAUUUUUUAGGGGGAAAAAUUGCAAAACAUAAAAUUUCUUGUCAUUUUUUUAUUAACAGGUUUAUUAUUAUUAACAUUUGUGAUCAACAUUUGAACAGUUUACAUUUACAAUUUUAAAUAAAAGCCUGCUUGUUUAAAUAAAAAA